AUGGCUUCCGAUGAGGACAGACUACGAGCCAAAGUGGCCAAUCUCAACGCAUCUCUCGAUGAGCUCGAAAUUCAGCUCGAGCCUCUAUUCACCAAGAGCCUUCCCGAGACUCUUGUAGCCCUCGAAACCAUCCAGCAGGCCAAAUUGCAAGUGGUUCUGCCAUAUGUACUAUACGAUCUUGUAUUCGUAUACCUGAAAACACGAGGAAUCGAUCCCAGGACACAUCCUGUCAUCGGUGAAUUGGACCGCGUCCGCCAAUACUUUGACAAAAUCAAAAGCGCAGAAGAUUCCGAAGAGAAAAGUAAGGAUCCUUCUUGA